AACCUGACAACAUAGAAGACCUAGAAAUGACGAAGUAGUCUUUUAAAAUAGCAUUAGAAGGAUGCAGAAAUCAAAACAAGGUUACUCCGGUCGAAAAAUCAAAGAUGACACCGAAAGUGCCAUCCAAACAUUGGAUUUCGAUAUAACUACUAAUGUUAAAUAUGAAUCCAUGAGGAAUCAAGCACGGCAAGGUCAUCUCUAUCGCCAACACCGAGACCUUACAAGGGAAUGUGACAGACAGAUACGAUCUUACGAACUCGGAGAAAAACUUUUUGUAUUGGAGUUUAAAUAUUAUCAAAAGAAAUUAGAAACUAGGCUAUCACAACUUAUGAGUAAGACUGAAACAAAUGUGAAGAUGAAAUACAGCUACAACCAAUAUAAUUCAAAGCAAUCUCCUCGGCAGCCAAUCAAACAGAACCUAGAGAGUAAGGAUUCAAACACUGUCUCAAAGAAGAAUGGACGGACCACUUUGUUGUUCAGUGUCAUGCAUAGAGACGGUGAAGACAUUUACAUUGAGAAUCCAACUGACCGAUUUGCAAACCUCGGUCCGCCGAAGGCCCUGGGCAAAUCACAUGACGAUUCUCAAAUUGGUUUACGUCGAGACGAGGUCCCUCGACCUCCGCCACAGUUAGUACGAGAACUGACAAUGUAGUUUACUUAUUGUUUACUUCGCCAUAGUUACUAAAUCAUAUAUUUUUGU